AUGGUGGUCCCAACACUCCUGAACGCCUCGUACUUGAUGGUCGACCCUCACCCCUACGCUCAGCUACCAAUACCUCGACUCAAUGGCCUGGUGGGACUUCGGUGUCCCAAGUGCUUCACCGCGAUGGUUUACAAGCGGGCAAAUCAAGAUUCGUGGCUCAUCGGUUGCCCCACGCCUUCCAAUUCACAUAAUUGGAAAACUUGGCGAUGUGACCAACUAAACCACGAGAUUGCCCUCAUCAAUCUUGGCGAGCCCAGGCCGAUCGUCUCAACACCGGAAGAUUGGGGCCCCCGUGUCUCUCCCUUUGGUGAGAUCCUGGAGCCCGAGUUGCCCCCCGCGCCCAAGCAGGCAUAUCAUCCCUAUGCCAGUCCUCGCACUGCGUCUUAUUCUCCCACCCUGGCUCAACGCGCUAAAACCAACUUACAGUGCAAAAGGUUUUUUGAAGGUGUGACGUCCCAGAAUCACAAAAAAACCGCGAACAAGGAAUGUCCCUCGCAGUUCUGUCGCGGUUGCUGCGUCGAGUUUGGGUCACCCGCUUGCCGUGUGCACCCACGCGUGUUGAAAAACCCUACACCUCAACGCCACUUCGAGCCAACAACCACGCAUGAACACCCAUCGCUCGCCACUACCUCCUCAGCCCAAAAUUCCAGAUCAUCGAAGGCGCCUGCAUCCCAAGCGCGUCCACAUCAGUGGGCGCAAACUUCAAAUUCCUUAGGCCGCCGGCUUGACGUUAAUACUCAUGCCAUGAUUCAGCAAAAUCGGGCUCAGCGGGAACAAGAAGCAGCGCGCCAGGCCGUCAAUAUCAUCGAUCAGCGCAAGAUGGUAACGAUCUACCUAUGGGUUGAUGAACUCGAAUCUCGCCCAAUCACUGCAAUGUUUCCGCAAUGGCCAACCGCCUGCCUCAACCAGAGUCCUCUUUUGGUCCAGGCCGUCGUCAAAGCUGUUGGACCCCAAUGGAAUCAGGCGCUGACGGUCUGGGACACUGAGCUAUACGCAUGGCGUGAAACUCUCGUCAAUUAUCCCCACCGCUACCAGACUAACCAUCGCAGCCUGGUGGUGCGUCUUGAAAACGUCAAGGUUCCCAUGUCGGCUAUUCCAUCGUCCUUGCGACCACCUAAAGACGAGAGUUCCAUUCCCCCACUUGAUGCUUUCUGGUCGAAUUCAGAACUUCCCCCUAUCUGUGAUAUGCCCUCGACGCCCCCCCAGGGCCUUGAAAUCCAAGGAACGAUGGAAUCCGUAGAGUCAAAAGGCUCAUCGCCAUCGAAUCCCUCAAUCAAACUCGAAGCUGGACUUGAUGAGAUAGAGCCGUCCACCUCAUCAUCACCAGUGAGAUCUUCAAUCAUUAUUGAUUUAUUGGAGUCACCCGCCCCACCUGCAUCGAGUCAAUUUGAGCAACUCGAGGCCCCCACAGUGCCAAGCGCCCUCAAAAAGCGUUGGCCAGGUUCCACAGUGCUUGUGAGCAGCCUGCUUGCAUGGUACAAGGACACUUUGAAAGGGAAUUUGCAGCAAAAAUGGACUGAACAUUUUGGUGCUGAGUGGCGCUUGUGCAUUUCCACUGUCUAUCGAUAUCACCUUUGGAUUGGCGCAGUGGAGUGCCAUAUUAUGGAGGCAAAGUUUCGCUCUCAACCACAAGCAACCGUGGGUGAAGCUCGCAACGUCUACCAAAAGGAAUUCAAGAAAGUGGCCAGUCUCAGCACCGCCGCACCCAAGCCAGCGCCACGGUAA